AUGGAGGAAAGAGGGAUUUGGGUUCAGAAGAGGGACAGUGAUAGAGGGAUUGGGGUUCAGAAGAAGGACAGUUGUGAAGGAAAGAGGCAUGGAGGGAUUUGGGUCGAGAAAAGGGACAGUUGUGGAGAAAAGAGAGUUGUAAGUAUUCGGGUCCAGAAGGGUACAGAUAUCGUUACUGUUAAAGUGAAGGAGGAAACUGAAGAGAGUGAUGUGACAGAGGAUGAGCCUUGUGAGGAGGAGGAACGUUCUCCAGAGAUCAGCACAGACACCGGAGACACUCAGAGAGACGUCAAAGUUGAGGAGGAGGAAGACGAAAUUGAAUGUGUGAAGAUUAAAGAGGAGGAAACACCAACGGAGAUUAGCAAGGAUGGACGAUACAGAAGAUACGACUCAGAGGAAAGUUCUGCCACCUCCGCAGAUGGUGAAAUGGAAGAAGAUGACAUCACAGCUGCUUCUCCCUCAGAAAGCCCCAUUGCCACAACCCACCGUGAGAGACGUUUUCGUAGUCAAACCCGUCCCAUCACCCACCAGACACCUCGAAAUGAAGCUGAUGUGUUUCCUUGCACUGAAUGCGGGAAAAUGUUCAAAAAGUUGGGCAAGCUGACCGUACACCAGAGAUCCCACACCGGCGUCAAGCCCUUUGCGUGUCCUGAAUGUGGAAAGUCCUUCACCGAGAGGAGAAACCUUGUAGCGCACCAAGGGAUCCACACAGGCUUGAAACCGUAUGCGUGCCCAGACUGCGGAAAAUGUUUUGCCGAGAAACGCCCCCUUAUCCGGCACCAAAAAUGUCACACGCAACAGAAGUCCUACUCCUGCUCAGAGUGUGGGAAGAGCUUUGUGGUGAAAUCGUGUCUGGUGAAACACCAGAGGACCCACACGGGCGAGAAACCCUUUUCCUGUUCCGAAUGUGGAAAAUGCUUCGUUCAGCAACACCAGGUCAUCAGACACGAAAGAAGCCACAGAGGGGAGAAGCCACAUCCCUGUCCCAAAUGUGGGAAAUGUUUUACGGAAAAAUCCUCUCUUGUCGCCCAUCAGAUGCUCCAUACGGGUCAAAAGCCCUUCUCAUGUUCGGAGUGCGGAAAGCGCUUCGCCCUGAAAGCGGAUCUUAACAAACACGUCAGGACUCACACGGGACUGAUGCCACACUCUUGUUGCCACUGCGGGAAAGGUUUUCCCGAUAAAGCCAAUCUGGACCGCCACGAGAGAAUACACACGGGCCAGAAGCCUUACCCGUGUUCGGUAUGCGGUCGGUGCUUUGCUCAGAAGGCUGACGUUAGUAAGCACGAGAGAACCCACGUACACGAGAAGCCAUAUUCAUGUUCUCGGUGUGGGAAGAGUUUUCCCGAUAUGACCCGCCUGCAGCGGCAUGAGAUCGUCCACACACGCCAGAAGCCAUACUCCUGCUCCCUCUGCGGAGAAAGCUUUUCGGAUAAAGCUCGUCUUGACCGGCACGAAGCGAUUCACGCCGGUGAGAAAACUUGCUCCUGUUCCUUCUGUGGGAAGUUUUUUGCCCAUAAGGCUUUUCUUGCCGCGCAUGAGAGGAUUCACACGGGGGAGAAACCCUUCUCGUGUUCUGUGUGCGGAAAACACUUUGCACAGAAAUCCAACCUGGCCACGCACGAAAGAACUCACUCGGGCGAGAAGCCGUAUCCGUGUUCCGUUUGCGGCAAAUGCUUUGCGCAGAAAUCCAACCUGACCACGCACGAGAGAGGUCACACGGGAGAGAAGCCCUUUUCGUGUUUGGUGUGUGGGAAGCGCUUUGCCAACAAGUCUAACCUCACCACGCAUGAGAGGACUCACAUGGGAAGUGCGUUUGGCUCCACCAAUGGCCAAGAGAAGGACCUAUUUAUCCAAGUCAAAGAAGACAUUACUAAAGCACGGAAUGAAUGA